GCGGCGGGUCAUAUGACCGCCCGUCUUCGGCCGUAGACGCCCGUGCGCGCGCCGUGGUUUAGACGGGACCCCCCCGCCAGCCGACGGAACAUGGCGGACUUCGAGGAGCGGCAGAACCUGCUAGGGGAUGAGGGGGACGCGUCGCCCCGGGGCCGGCGGACCGCGGAGGGGACCGGGGAACCCAUGAGCGCGAUCUGCGACCCCGGCCACUUGUUGCACCGCGUCAUCUUCCUGCUGUUUAUGUGCUUCCUGGGAUUUGGGAGCUACUUCUGUUACGACAACCCCGCCGCGCUGCAGACCCAAUUCCUUCAGGACAUGAAACUGAGCACUUCUCAGUUCAUGCAGCUGUAUGCCUGGUACUCCUGGCCCAAUGUGAUUCUCUGCUUCCUGGGGGGAUUCCUCCUUGAUAGGGUCUUUGGCAUCAGGCUGGGAACCAUAAUCUUUUCCCUGUUCGUCUGUGUCGGACAGGUAAUAUUUGCUACCGGAGCUUUGUUAGACCGCUUCUGGCUGAUGGAAGUGGGACGGUUUGUGUUCGGAAUUGGCGGCGAGUCCCUGGCUGUGGCUCAGAACACUUAUGCAGUCAACUGGUUCAAAGGAAAAGAGCUCAACCUGGUAUUUGGCCUACAGAUUAGCAUGGCGCGGCUGGGGAGCACCGUCAACAUGAACAUAAUGGGAUGGGUGUAUAACGAAGUCGCUGACCUUUUUGGCACCACAGGACCGACCACGCUGGGAGCGUCACUCAUGAUAGCUGGAGUAACCUGCCUGUUUUCUCUGAUCUGCGCCUUGAUCUUGGGCUUCCUCGACAAACGAGCCGAAAAGAUCCUCCACAAGGAGCAGGGUGAAACGGGUGAAGUGAUCAAGCUGACAGACGUGAAGGACUUCCCCUUCCCCCUAUGGCUCAUCUUUAUCAUCUGCGUGAGCUACUAUGUGGCCAUCUUCCCCUUUAUUGGACUGGGGCAGGUUUUCUUCAUUGAAAAGUUCAGCUUCACUCCAGCUCAAGCCAGAGCGAUCAACAGUAUUGUGUACAUUAUCUCAGCCCCUGCCUCCCCACUUCUGGGCUUCAUGGUUGAUAAGACAGGCAAGAAUGUGAUCUGGGUGAUAUGUGCUGUCGUGUGUACGCUCGCCGCUCACAUGAUGCUGGCUUUCACCUUCUGGAUCCCCUGGAUUGCCAUGUCCCUGCUGGGCGUGUCUUACUCCCUACUGGCCUGUGCUCUGUGGCCCAUGGUUGCCUUUGUGGUGCCUGAGCAUCAGCUGGGGACGGCCUAUGGCUUCAUGCAGUCCAUCCAGAACCUGGGGCUUGCCUUGAUCGCCAUGGCAGCAGGAGUCAUCCUAGACAGCAAAGGAUACCUCUUUCUGGAAGUUUUCUUCUGUGCUUGUAUUUGCAUUGCUUUGAUUGCGGUGGUGAUCCUGUACUUCUUGGACUAUAUCCGAGGUGGCGAUUUGAACCUGUCAGCAGCAGCCAGGGCCAAACUCCAGAAAGACGUUUCUUCAGACUCAGAGAUUAAGAAGCGCCCCAGUAAGUUGACAGAGGGGGAGAUUGCCAGACUAAAACCCAUGUCUGCCUUUGGCCUCCGCAACCGUUACCUCUCUAGGCUUGGAGCCCAGCUGCCGGACCACUGCUCUACUCAUCUGUCCUCCCUGGCCCACCGCAGCGUUCUGAAGUGAUGCCCCGUGUUCCUGGACCGCCACAAACUCUUAUCUGCUCCUCCACCCGCUGCACCACCCCCCCCCCCCCACCACCAUAAGCUUACACUAAACACAGCGGGGACAAGCAGACUGGAGAAAGUGUGUGUGUGUGUGUGUGUGUGUGUGUGUGUGUGCGCUUUGUUUUUGAACUGGAAUGUGUCACACUGAAUCUUCCUCGGGCGUGUCCGUUCUGCGCCGUCCAGCUGAUUGGCGGUGACUGUUAAGACCCG